AUGUGUGGCUGUUUAAGUAGUAAAGUAGAAAAGGAUAGCUCAGCUCAUUGUGGAGACAGAAGAUAUCACUACUGCGAACGUUGGCACCGAAAUUGCACUGCACGCAGCCAUCGUUUCGCUGCGGACACCGGUGCAGGUGGAGAUACUGACUACAUCGUUCAUGAUAAUUACGACAGUGGUCGCCGUGAUAGUGGCAAUGAUGGAAGCAGUUGCGACUCUUUCAUCGGUGAUAGUGGUGGCAAUCGUCAGCGAUUGUCGCUUGGAUCAUCAAGACGUUAA